AUGGUGUCCCCAGCGCCGACCGGCUCCAAGAUCACGCCAUACCUUGUCUACCUGGUCUUCGUCACGACAUUGGGACCACUGCAAUUCGGAUACCAUCUGGCUGAACUGAACGCUCCCCAAGACGUGAUUACGUGCAAAAAGAAGAGCAUCACAUCGACGCAUUCCUUCUCCUCUCCACGCCUGCCACAAUGCAUUCCCAUGAAUCCAUCGCAAUUCGGUCUCGUUUCCUCCAUCUACACACUGGGCGGUCUCCUGGGAGCCUUGCUGGCGGGGCCCAUUGCCACGAAGUCGGGACGGUUGUUAGCCCUGAGGGCGACGACUGUGUUUUUCAUACUGGGGUCGAUCGCUGAGGCUCUUUCAUCCGGCAUCGCGGUAUUCAGCAUUGGGCGAUUCCUCGCCGGUGUGGGUGCUGGCGCUUCCAUCGUGGUUGGACCCAUCUUCGUUUCUGAGAUCGCGCCUCCCCAGUCACGGGGCUUUUUCGGAGCCUUCACACAGGUCAUGACAAACGUGGGUAUUCUGCUGGCUCAGACCCUGGGUUACUUCCUCAGCAAGGACAGUCUUUGGAGGAUUAUUCUCGCCAUUGGUGCCGCCAUUGGAUGUGGGGAACUCAGCGGUCUGCUUCUGGUCCCGGAAAGUCCUGUCUGGCUGGCGGAGCAUCAGCACGCGAACCGGGCCCGACAGGUCCUCCAACGCAUACGGGGAAAGGAUGCCGAUAUCGAAGAUGAGGUCAAGGCGUGGAAAGCGCCUUCGACGUCCGGAAAUGGAGCCGCAGAAGAAGAAUCCUUGCUCUCACCACCGUCGGCCAAUCUCCCGCCGCGCAAUCCACCGGUCACCAUCCUGGGCGCGGUCACCAAUCCCCAAUACCGCCCAGCCAUUCUCGCGGUUGUAAUCGUGAUGCUGGCUCAGCAGUUCACGGGCGUCAACAGUAUCAUCAUGUACAGCGUCUCACUGCUGCAGAGCACUCUUCCCACGGCGGCACCGCUCUUGGCCGUUAUGAUCUCCAUCCUCAACCUCGUGGUUACUCUUGCUUGUUCUCCACUGCCGGAUAGGAUCGGCCGCAAGACCUGUCUCCUGCUUAGUAUUACCGGCAUGGGGUUCGGGUCGGUGUUACUGGCUCUGGGGAUCUCGGUUGGUCAGAAGGCAGUCUCUGCUAUCGCGAGCUUAUUUUUCGUGGCUAGUUUCGCGGUCGGACUGGGCCCUGUCCCAUUCAUCCUGGCCUCUGAGCUGGUCGGACCGGAGGCCGUAGGCGCUACUCAGAGCUGGGCUUUGGCAGCCAACUGGACCGCAACCUUCAUGGUCGCCCAAUUCUUCCCCGUGUUGAAUGAUGCCCUUGGCGGCAGGGGGAAGAUCUACUGGAUCUUCGCGGCCUUGGCUGCCCUUUUUGGCUUUUUGAUCUUCCUGCGUGUGCCGGAAACCAAAGGGAAGUCUAGCGUGGAGGAGGUUUGGGGCCGACAGGAGCAGCGGAGGAGGGAUUAG